AUCAACUGAUCUGACCAGAGGACUCCAUAUUCAACAAACGAAACUGGUUAAAAUAGGCGUCGACAUGGAGGUGCUGUGUUUCCGGCUGCCCGGCCACGGCGACGCCACCCUGCGGAGUAUGAACAGCCUGCGGUCGCGGCAGCAUUUCUGCGACAUCACCAUCGUCGCCAGCGGCCGGCAGACGUUCCGCGGGCACAAAGUGGUCCUGGCGGCUUGUUCUCCCUUCCUGAGAGACCAGUUUCUGCUAAACCCUUCCUCUGAACUUAAGGUGUCAGUAUUGCACAGCGCCACGGUGGUGUGCGAGCUGCUCCAGUCCUGCUACACUGGCAUACUGCAGUUCAGCCCCAAGGAGAUCGUCAACUACCUGACGGCGGCGAGCUACCUGCAGAUGGAGCAUGUGGUGGAGAAGUGCAGGGGGGCCCUGAGCCAGUUCAUGCAGCCCAGAACUCCCAGCUCCCCUGGGACCAUCAAGUCAGAGGAGCUCCAGGCUUUGCCGGAGUUUGACAGUGGUGGCCAGCCUCCUCUGCGCUCCAGGUCUCCCUCUGGUGGAAAGUUGACCUCACUGCAACUUCACAGCCACAGAAGCUCCCAGACUUGUGUGGACCGGCAGUCCGACACACAGGACACCAGUCCAGUGCAAGACAUCGCCGAGGUGAAAGACGCAGGCGUCUCUGAGGACUUUCAGGAGGAUGACAGAGAGGACUACGAGGUGUUCCAGGUGUGCAUCGAGGACGACGAUGAGGGCGUGGAGGAGAGGAGGGAGGGCGGGGCGGAGGACGAGGCAGGGGAGGUGGUGGUGGCUCUGGAUGGGGCGGGGUGUGAGGAGAGAGGCGGGGAGGGGGACGAGGGUCGGGUCAGAAUUCACCUGGCGGGGGAGGCAGAGAGGGAGGGGCACAGGGUCUGGAGGAGGCGGCCGUGGGAGCUGGGCGGAGCCAGGGGGCGGGGUUUCCGCAGCAGGCGACGCGGCAGCAACCGGGAACGGAGGCUUCUGGGAACACCCCCCCAGGAGGAGUGGCGCAUUCCAACCCCAGAGGAGAUAAUGGGCAGUUUCGGACUGGUCCACCCGGACGUUGGCCAGGAGGGGGUGGGUGUUGCAUCCGCGGGGUAUCCGAGGGCCGAGGGCCCCCAGCGGCUGGCCUACGGGGUGGGGGAGGCCCGGGGCGGGGCGAUGGGAGGGGACCCGGGGGCGGGGCCGUCGGAGCGGGAGGAGUCAGAGUCGGUGGCGGUGGUGGGGUCGACGUCGUGCGGCGUGGGGGCGGCGUCGUGCGAGCACUGCGGCCUGGCCUUCCCCUCGGCCGACGCCCUGGCCCUGCACACGCGCUCCGCCCACCUGCUCUUCGCCUGCCCACGCUGCGGCAAGCACUUCAGCCACGCCCACAACCUGAGCCGGCACAUGAGCGUGCACCGCGGGGCGCGCUCCCACCGCUGCCCGCUCUGCCAGAAGACCUUCACGCAGAAGUCCACGCUGUGUGACCACAUGAACCUGCACAGCGGCGAGCGUCCGCACCGCUGCUCCUACUGCCACGUACGCUUCGCCCACAAGCCCGCGCUGCGGCGCCACCUGAAGGAGCAGCACGGCAAGACCACCGCGCAGAACUGCCUGGAGGCCCAGCGGGAGAGGGAGGGCGAGGGAGGGGGCGUCUGACGCUGCCAAACCUGGCUCCUCCUCCUCCCUCAUCAUACCCGUCACCCCGACCCCACACAGGGAGAUCUUGGCUGGAGGGGUGCUGGGUUUGG